CACACACGCGGACGCGCCACUCUUUUCUCUCUCCAGCUCUAGCGGAUCUUAACGAAGGACACUUGUGGCACAGUGAUGAAGAGCCAUAUGCACAGGAGGCUUUUGUGUUUAUCAUAUGUCCGUGAAAACGUUUAAAUGUCCUCUUCUGAACACUAGUGUUUGGAUCUUCAAACUUCGGAAAGACCCCGGCAGUGCACAGAUGUGCUGAUUUGAACUAAUCCCAGAGCCUUUACGAACGCGACUGAUCAUCAUCAAGAAACAAUCAGGCCUGACACACACAAAGAGGAAAACCAAAGGGCAGAAGACAAAGACUGGAGGACAGUAUAGAAAGUAAAGGCAGUUGAAAAGAAAAUACACAAUGGACCCAUUACCUAUGGAUUCUACAACAGUGGAUGAGUUGGUGGAUGCCUGUAUACAAUCUUUCGACAAUGACGGCACAAUAAAAGGCUCCUCAUUUGUGAGAAUGUUUCUGAUGAUGCAUCCUUGGUACAUAUCUUCCACCGAGCUGGCCAAGAAAUUGCUGCUAAAGUCACAAGAGGAGGGCAGCACUGAUGAGAUCAGAGCCAAAAUAUGCCACCUCGUAAAGUACUGGAUUUCUGAAUUUCCUGUAGAGUUUGAUCUGAAUCCUGCUUUGGCUGACCAGAUUAAAGACCUGAGAGAGAACCUGAACUCUGGUGGCAAUGAAUCCCAGGGUCAACUUAUAGAUGUAGAGAGUGUGCCCUCGUAUAAAUGGAAACGGCAAGUGACCCGGAGAGUUCCAUCAAUGUCAAAAAAUAGAAAAAUGUCCCUUUUAUUUGACCACCUGGACCCCUGUGAGCUUGCUGAACACCUGACUUAUCUGGAGUACAAAUCCUUCUGCAAGAUCCUGUUUCAGGAUUACCACAGCUUUGUGAUGCACGGCUGUACAGUGGAUAACCCCAUUCUGGAGAGGUUUAUUACACUUUUUAACAGCGUCUCGCAAUGGAUUCAACUGAUGGUACUGAGUAAACCCACCGCCCCACAGAGAGCCGCUGUGAUUUCACAAUUCAUACAGGUCGCACAGAAACUACUGCAGUUGCAGAAUUUUAACACUCUGAUGGCAGUGGUCGGCAGUCUCAGUAACAGCUCCAUCUCUAGGCUGAAGGAGACGGAGGCACACAUCAACAAUGAGACCAAAAAGAUCUUUAACAGUUUGGUAGACCUGGUGACCUCUUGUAGUAACUACAGUCAGUAUCGGCGACGAUUCGCUGAGUGCACCGGAUUUCGCUUCCCAAUUCUGGCCGUUAACCUCAAGGACCUGAUAGCUGUUCAUGUCGCUCUGCCGGACUGGAUGGACUCAGAGAAGACUCGUGUCAACUUGGCUAAAACACAGCAACUCUAUGCAAUCCUUCAGGAACUAGCCCUUGUGCAGACCACUCCCCCUAACAUUGAGGCCAACACAGACUUGCUCAAUCUGCUCACGGUCUCAUUGGAUCAGUACCAUACAGAAGAGGAGAUUUAUCAGCUCUCAUUACAGAGAGAACCCAGAGCUGCAAAACCAGUGAACUCAAGUUCCUCCCCCAGCCAAGCUCCUAAACAAUCUUCGAUGAUUGACGAGUGGACAGCAUCAGUGAAGCCUAAAGCUGAUCCUGCUAUUAUCAGCAAACAUAUCGAGAAGAUGGUGGAUUCGGUGUUUAAGAAUUUUGACACGGACCGUGAUGGGUACAUCUCACGUGAAGAGUUUGAGUGCAUCAGGAAUAACUUCCCUUAUCUCAGCAAGUUCGGAGAGCUUGAUAAAAAUCAGGAUGGAAAGAUCAGCAUGGAAGAGAUGAUAGACUAUUUUAUGAAGGCAAGUUCUCUGCUCAACUGUCAGAUGGGCUUCAUACACAGCUUUACAGAGACCACGUAUUUGAAACCCACCUUCUGCGAACACUGCACCGGCUUUAUAUGGGGCUUAUAUAAACAAGGAUACAAAUGCAAAGUUUGUGGGGUGAACUGUCAUAAAGCAUGUCGUGCUCGCCUGGUGGUCGAAUGCCGUAAAAGAACGAAGAGCGUCAGUCACGAGACACCGCCGUUAUUACAGUCCAGAUCCCACAGCUUUCCUCUGGCCAGCAGUGCUCAGUCAAACCUGCAGAACACAGUGAUCACAGAGGAGGACAUUGAGGCAGUUGAACAGGGAGUGUUUGACUCUCACCUUUAAACAGAUUCACAAACUGUCAACAUUUCGGCAAGAGCUUGAUUUUGGGGCAAAUUCUUCCAAGCACACAUUCCCCUAAUCAAUAAUGGAGAGAAAACUGAAGCUUAUCAGAGUCAGGAUAGGUGCCAGAUUGUGGGCUAGAAUAUUCACCGACCAUCACAUCCUGACACCCAUCAUGAUAUUCUGCCAUCUGCUGGAUUGAAGCUGCAACUUCUGAUCACAUCUUCCCUUCUGCAUCUGAAUGUAAUUGCAAACAUAAUUCUAUGAUUUAUCAUUGUUACCCCUGGCUCUUUGAAUGGCCUUUUAAAUUAUAUAUAUAUAUAUAUAUAUAUAAAGCAUAGUAAAGAAAAGUAGAUAAAAAAGAAGGGGGAAAUUUCUUCGUAAUUCAACAUGAUUCAUGAUGCAUAUGACUUUGGUGACCUUAAUGAAGUGCAAAUGUCUGUGCGGUCGUGUUCUGAGAUGUCCUGAGAAAUGUUGGUAAGACUGUACUAUUAGCUUCUGUUAAGUUCUAUAAGCUAACAUUACAGUAGUUAAUGCACUAGGUAUUAUGAACUAUUUUACAGCAUUUAUUAAUCUUGGUUAAAUGUUAAUUUUCUUAUGUUAACAAAUUCAACAACGAAUUCAACCAUAUUAUAUUACCGAAUUGUUUCUUAAAAUAAGAAUUACUGUAUUAGUAAGUUAUUUAUGAAUGAAUGCCACUAAACUGAAGCAGGACUUCACCAGAGCAGUUGUGGCUGAAUUUCAGUGUAAACUGUCAUAGUUGGGAUAGAUCUGGUCUUGUGUGUGUGUUUGUGCCUGAAGUAUAGUUGAUAUCAUGUUCUUUAACCCUCUGAUGCAUGAAUUAUCAAAUCAAAAAGAAAAAAUACCUUAAAGUUUUUUUAUACUUCAAAACAAUAAUUUAACAAUUGUCAUUUUUUAAGACGUGUCCACUUGGUGCAUCUUUCAUCAGCCAUGUUGACUUUAUGUUGUCAUAAGUAAAAACACAAUGACAUAAAAAAUGGACAGUAAUAUACCUGUAUAACUAUGAAUAAGGGUUAAAGGUUUAUUGUUUGGAUACAACUUUGCACCCUGAAUGGUUAAAAUUGGCUUUAAAAGAUCUGUCCACUGUAGUGGACACCAUGCAGAGUACUGAAUGUCAUAGUUCAGCUAUAUGUGCAUAAUUGAUGAAGGUGAGCUGGCUGAAUCUUUGUGUUGUUGAGAGUCUUGUGAAAACAAGUUGCAUGUAAUCACAAUAAAUGCCUGACAUCAUCAUGGUAUAUUUUUUUGUAAUAAACCAGAGAUUUUUUACAUAUUUACAUUAAUGGGUUAGUUCACCUAUGUCAUGUACUUACCCUCAUGUCAUUCCAAACCUGUAUGAGUUUCUUUCUACUGUGGAAGACAAGAGGAGAAAUGGGCUGACAUUAAACUUUUUUAUUUAUUUAUUUUUUCAUAUAAUAUAACACUCUUUCAGGCACUGUCUCAUGCCAAAUGUGUGAGAGUUGGCCAUCCUGAAUAUUCACUUAUAGGGGACUGAGGCUAUAAGGCUAAUGCACUAACACGCGGCCAUAAUAUGUGCCGAUACACUGUCACUGUAAUUUAUAAUGACUGAUACUACUGCAAAGAUAAGUGUAUAAAAGUGUUAAUGUUCAUAAUAUAGACAAAAGAAUGGUGAUAGAGGCAUAUCUUACUUUGGUCAGAUGUGUGAAUGGCUUUCGCUGCCGCUGGCACAUGAUUGAAUGGGCACUUGAGAGUAUUUGAGUAGAUUUGAUUCCUUUUGUAGACUAAUGACAUGUUCUUGGAAAAUCAACCAUGUCCUGCAUGACAUGUUCUUGGAAAAUGUGUCUUUUCAAACGAUCAUACUGAUGUACAUUUGCAUGCUAAUUCUGCACGCUGGUGUGUUCAUGUUGAAUACUGACUGAACAAUGUAAACAAAGUAGUAUGUGGAACUCUAGGUCACACCUACAGAUUACAUGGACCAAUGGCAGCAAGAUGAUGUUUAGUUUUCCUAAAAGUUCACCCAGGCGAGCCGUUACAAACCACCGAAACCAAUGCAAAAGCACCUUCGUUUUGGCCAGAUUUUGUUCUAAAUGACAUCAUACCCCUUAAUUUUUUGUAUGAAAUAUAUCGGGGCCUUAAUAUGGGUUUAGAACAACAUGAGGGUGGGUAAAUGAUGACAGAAUUUGUGCCAACUAUCUUUUUAAAGCUGAAGUAUGUAAUUUCUGCAACACUAGCACCACCAAAUGGAUUUGCAAAAAUAAACAGUGUUUUCAAAACAGCUUUCUGAAUACACCCAUCAUCUGCCGUGAUCAAGGGCGUAGAUUUGGUUUGAACAUUUGGGGAUGGGGGUGUUGUAUUGGCUAGUAUUGAUUAUUGAGGGGGUUACUACCCCCCUUCCCUCCAUAAUUUGCACCCAUGUCCAUGAUCAAAGAACACAUAGCCCCAACCAAUGGUGUUACAUUACUCAACCAAUGGUGUUAGUUGGGGCGGGGCUAUCACGGCCAGGGGUCUAAGCAUGUCACUCAAAACAAACAGGUAUUUAUACUGCGCCAGAGACUGUUUACAGUUUUCAAGAAUAUUAACCUAUGAAUGGCUGACUAACACUUAUAGUUGUCUCUGCAUAUUAAGCUGGGAUAGAAGAAAGUAUUUUAACACUGCAAAAGUUACAUACUUCAGCUUUAAGAUCACAAAGUGCUCUUGUGGUUAAGUUCAAAAGAGGUGGAAUGUCCCUUUCAAAAACCUGCCUUGAGGUCCAUGCUUCAGUCACAAAUACCGAACAUUACAUUUCUGUUGUGUCUUUUUUUAGAGUUUAAUUUGUAUUAUUAUGUGUUGUAGCAUUAGCUGUUGAGACGUAGUGAUUUCCAAGACUUAUGAAUUCUAAUAACUAAAGUCAAUGUCUGAGAAACUCUUGAACUUAGUCUAGGAAAUAUAUUAUCUGGCAUGUAUUCCACGUAUUCCUGAUUGCAUGCAAAUCAACUGAGAUGUUUUUUUCAAAUAUCCUAUGCAAUUUCUGUUUGUAAAUUUUUUUGUUUUUGCAUAACUGUAACAAAUUGCUGUACAUGUUACAGCACAUUUUUACAAUAAUAUCCUGUAUUCUGUUAUUACAGCCUGUGAUUGUAUUUUGCUAUGAACUCUGGGAGAUGUCAGCUCUUAAAAAUGUAUUAUAGAAUUUACAACAAAGUGUUAAAAAAGAACCAUUUCUUUGAAGAAGAAAAAAGGAAGCAACGACACAGAACUAAUUGUGAACUAUUAUAACCUAAUAAAACAAUUAUUAUUAACAUACUGUUCAAUAUUGCCAGGAUAUUUUCUCUCCUAACACAAUGCUGUGGGAUGCUUGGACAAAGUUAAAGACCCAAACCUACCUAUUCUUAUAGUGCACUAACAGUUCUUGUUGCAAGAUGUUUUGGGUUUGAAUCCAGGGAGCACAUACCUCGGUAAAAUGUGUUCCUUGAAUGUACUGUUACUUUCUUUUGAUAAUGGCAAAUGUAGAAAUGUUUGAGGUUGGAGAUUUAGUUCUGUUUAAUGUUAUUUAGUGACAAUACAUUUUUCUUGUUUGAAGUCACCAUUAUGGUGAUUAGUGUUCCCUAAGGUUGGAACUUUAGACCUUAUUUAAAUCAAUAAAUUGAAAACAUACACUCACUGAGCACUUUAUUAGGAACACUACGGCCUUAAUAAAGUGCAAGAUGUGGUCUUCUACUGUUGUAGCCCAUCCGCCACAAGGUUCAAUGUGUUGUGCAUUCUGAGAUGCUAUUCCUACAAUUGUACAGAGUGGUUAUCUGAGUUAUAGUAGCUUUUCUGUCAAAUCGAAUCAGUCUGGCCCUUCUCCGUUGGCCUCUCUCAUCAACAAGGCGUUUCCAUCCACAGAACUGCUGCUCACUUGAUGUGUUUUAUUUUGGGCACCAUUCUGAGUAAAUUCUAGAGACUGUUGUGUGUGAAAAUCCCAGGAGAUCAGCAGUUACAGAAAUACUCAAACCAGCCCAUCUGGCACCAACAAUCAUGCCACAGUCGAAAUCACUGAGAUCACAUUUUUCCCCAUUCUGAUGGUUGAUGUGAACAUUAAUUGAGGCUCCUGACCCGUAUAUGCAUGAUUUUGUGCACUGCACUACUGCCACACAAAUGGCUUAUUAGAUUUGCAGGAAUUAGUAGAUGUACAGGUGUUCCUAAUAAUGUGGUCAGUGAGUGUAUUAAAGCACUAUGGCUAAAGGGGAGAAUUUAGAAUGUUUCCAGUCUAAAACAUUAAUUACCACUUAUUGUGUAACUGUGAUUGUAAAAUGUCAGCUAAGUGAAACAAUUAUACAGUCGAUCAAUUUGAGAGCAUACAUUUUAGCUGUUACCCAAUAAAACUUUCAAUAUUUUGAAAAGCUAUUAUUGAGACAAUUCUCAUGAUGUUUAAAUGCAUGAUAAUUCCUUAAAACACAAGAAGCAUUAUUGUACAGAUUCAACUAGACAGACACAGACAUCAACAUUUGGGAUACAAAUCUCGACAGCUGUGACAAGUAACAAAAAUAAUUUUCAGAUAUAAGGGACAUUACAAAACAAGUUGCUAAGUGACAACAAUAAAUAACUGGAACAAUCAGAAAUACAAAAUCUGCAAAUAGUAAAUAGAAAGUCAACAGCAUAAUGCAUUCAUGCAGCAAUGCAUGCUGGGUACCAGCCUCAUUGGUUAAUUAUGGUAAUUCUACAACACAGAAGCCUACUGCUUAAUCACAGUAAUGUAUGCACUCUUGUAAUUUCAGCCAAAUAUUUAGCAUAAAAAUAUACAAUAUUUCUGCUGUAAUUUUACUGUAACUCAGCUGUAAGAACAUGUGUAAUUUUACAGUAUAUACCUGUGUUUUGACAGUACAAUUGUAAUAAAUUAUUUACAGUUCUCUGUUUAUUUACAGUCUUACUGGCAACUAAAAUUGCCAUUAAAGUACUGUAAAUUUUACAAUACAUUUUUUACACUGCAUGUACAGUAUAUUUACAUUGAGGGAAAAGAAUACUAUUUGAGGGAGGGUACUGUGUUUAGAAUUAAAAUGUAUUUCACAUUUGAAAAAAUUAGUGGUUUUAAAUUGAUGCACUGUAAGAUAAAAGAUCAAAUGUUUUAUGCAAAGCACUAUUUCCAUGGUCAGUGAAUGUAAUUUUCUCAUCCAGCUACCUUGGUUGGACACAAUGGAAUCUGUCACUGACAUUUUAGAAACAUAAACAUUGCUAUAACAACAUAUUAACUAUCUUUGUUGUCAUAUAACAACUAAUUCAUUUCCCUCUUUUUUUUAGCUCAACUCAGACUGCUGUUUUGGAAUGAUAAAUAUUUGCAUUUGUAUUGCAGUCACAGGUUAGCUGCAGUUGAUAGUUCUAUACAAGAAUUGUUAUAAAUCACACGACAAAAUUAAGGAAGAAAAAAACUGUAGGUCCCCAACAAGAUUUUAUGAAGUCAACACGAGCAGCAGCAGAGUCAUCAAUGAGAGUAUGUGCAAGCUAAUUGCAUAAUGGCUCAAAUGGGGUCCUGUAAGCGGGAGGCCAAAACCAGCGUUAAGUCCCAGGCUGGGACAGUAGUGGGGCAAGAGGGUCUUAGCCAUCUAGCUCCCUUUAAGAAUUUGCUGACCAAUGGGUGUUUACCUAGUGAUAAGCCACCAAAAUGUCAUGUCCCGCCACCAUGGAAGAGACAAAAUCUUUGAGUGUGGAUAGAGAGAGCCCUUGUAAAAUGCGAAGUGGCACGAUCAUAAUUUAAAGCUUGACUACACUUUCUCUGCAAAUACAUCACAUGUGAGGAAGUGUUAACGAGCUUCAAAUCAUGAUCUCGGCUAGGAGAAUGCAGAUGGCAAAGCGCAGUUUGCUAUUUUCCUGAGAAAUAGGUCAUUGCGCUAAGAUGUUUCAACACCACGUCUGUUUUCAGCACAAAGUCUUAAUUCAGUUCAUGCAUUUGCAGUUUGGAUAUUCCACCAGCAGGCGGUAAUAAAGUUCAUGUCCAAACUAAAAAUAUAGUGGAACAUCAAAUUGUGUCCAUUACAAUUACAGUUGUAGCCAUUUGAUGAAACAAAAAUGUUUGAGAUUUGUGUUCAACUAUCUAUAGGUCAUGGCUUAUUUUUCAUUUAUUAUUAUUAUGUUUAUAUUUAAAAUUGUAUUUAUGAGCUAAUUUGUAUUGGUAUUUUUCCACCUGUUGUCGUAAAGUGCUUUUGUCACUGCAAAAGGGGCAGGUGGAAGAAGUUGGAGAGGGUAAAAUGUUUGGAUUUGGUAUGAUUUUUUUGAACACUUCAUUAUUUUGAUUACAUUUUCUUUUCAUUUGAAGUGUGAUUUGAAUUUAGAAAUAUUUGGGGUUUUGGGAAUCAAUAAAUGAAUUUAAUUUUUCAAAAUAGACCCGUAGAAGUAAAUUGGGUGCCAAUACAAUCACUGUUUAUACUAGCCAUGAUUUGUGUGUCAGUAGAUGAAAAUAAUUAAUAAUAUUUACAUUCUCUAUAAUUUAACGGAGCCUACCUGAACCACAUGAACCACAGAAGCGCGUCACAUUCACAGCACAUUCAACAAGGAAGAAGUAAAUGCACAAAAUAAUUCCAUAUUUCUAUUCUUCUAAUUCACUGCAUAUAGUCCAUUUACACUACAAACUUCUUAUGAAUGUGCUGUCUUUGUUUAUAUCGCUGGUGCUUGAGUGAAUGGACUAUAUAAUAGGAUGCAGAUGCAGAUGCUGCAAUAACUGGAGAAGAACUUCCGAAUUAAAUUGCACUUGACCCAGCCCAUUAGUGCCUUGCACGUGCGACUUCACCAAACCCACUUGUGCCUAGACUUAGCUCAUGCUUGCUUGAAAAUACCAAAACUUCAUGGCCAUGCCCACUGACUUUGCACCUAUGAUUUAUGGCAUAGCGCUGUGCUUAGUGCUCUUAAAAUAGAGACCUAUAGCGAUAAAGGAGUUACAUGUUGUGUUCAUACAAGAAAGUCAUACAAGUUUGAGAUGGCAUAAGGUUGAGUAAAUGAUGGGAGAAUUAUAAUUUUUUAGUGAAUUAUUCCUUUAAACUGCCUAUUAUUGGCUUUUCAGCUAAAUUUUAAACGUAAAACAAUGAGGCACAAAACAAUUAAUGAAACAAAAUAAUUGUAAAAGGUAACAGAAAUAUAUAUAUAUAUAUAUACACUAUAUUGCCAAAAGUAUUCGCUCACCUGCCUUUAGACGCAUAUGAACUUAAGUGACAUCCCAUUCUUAAUCCAUAGGGUUUAAUAUGACGUCGGCCCACCCUUUGCAGCUAUAACAGCUUCAACUCUUCUGGGAAGGCUUUCCACAAGGUUUAGGAGUGUGUUUAUGGGAAUUUUUGACCAUUCUUCCAGAAGCGCAUUUGUGAGGUCAGACACUGAUGUUGGACGAGAAGGCCUGGCUCGCAGUCUUCGCUCUAAUUCAUCCCAAAGGUGCUCUAUCGGGUUGAGGUCAGGACUCUGUGCAGGCCAGUCAAGUUCUUCCACACCAAACUCACUCAUCCAUGUCUUUAUGGACCUUGCUUUGUGCGCUGGUGUGUAGUCAUGUUGGAACAGGAAGCGGCCAUCCCCAAACUGUUCCCACAAAGUUGGGAGCAUGGAAUUGUCCAAAAUCUCUUGGUAUGCUGAAGCAUUCAGUGUUCCUUUCACUGGAACUAAGGGGCCAAGCCCAGCUCCUGAAAAACAACCCCACACCAUAAUCCCCCCUCCACCAAACUUCACAGUUGGCACAAUGCAGUCAGACAAGUACCGUUCUCCUGGCAACCGCCAAACCCAGACUCAUCCAUCAGAUUGCCAGAUGGAGAAGCGUGAUUCUUCACUCCAGAGAACGCGUCUCCACUGCUCUAGAGUCCAGUGGCGGCAUGCUUUACACCACUGCAUCCGACGCUUUGCAUUGCACUUGGUGAUGUAUGGCUUGGAUGCAGCUGCUCGGCCAUGGAAAUCCAUUCCAUGAAGCUCUCUAUGCACUGUUCUUGAGCUAAUCUGAAGGCCACAUGAACUUUGGAGGUCUGUAGCGAUUGACUCUGCAGAAAGUUGGCGACCUCUGCGCACUAUGCGCCUCAGCAUCCACUGACCCCGCUCUGUCAUUUUACGUGGCCUACCACUUCGUGGCUGAGUUGCUGUCAUUCCCAAUCGCUUCCACUUUGUUAUAAUACCACUGACAGUUGACUGUGGAAUAUUUAGUAGCGAGGAAAUUUCACGACUGGACUUGUUGCACAGGUGGCAUCCUAUCACAGUACCACGCUGGAAUUCACUGAGCUCCUGAGAGCGGCCCAUUCUUUCACAAAUGUUUGUAGAAGCAGUCUGCAUGCCAGGGUGCUUCAUUUUAUACACCUGUGGCCAUGGAAGUGAUUGGAACACCUGAAUUCAAUUAUUUGGAUGGAUUAUUGCAUCGAUCUCAAAGCACUGCUUAUCAAGAACCACCAUGACAACAAACAAUUGUGUGAGGGAUUCACAUCGAUCUCAAACCCACACUGCCCAAGAAGAACCACAACAACAAACAAUUGCAAGAUGGAUAGAGACUAUGGCUCCCUGCUCAGCACCCUCAAGGGGAGGAGGCAGCUGACUGCUGAUGAGCUUAGGUUCAUAGCAGAGGGGGACAUGGCUCAUGAGGGCAUGAGCACACAGGAGGAAGAUCUGCUGGACCAGGAACUACUGCAGGAAGACCCAGACCACGAGGAGAUGGAGGAUGAGAUGGAACCUGAUCCCCAGCCAAGACCAUCAACUGGGUAUGUAUGAAUGUGUAUUUAUUGUUUGUUUCUAUUUCUCAUAUGACUGAUACUCACAGUAACACUAACACUGUUACUCUUAUUAUUUUGGGUAUGGCUAGCCAUUCUCGCACAGGUCCCAAGUCAGCUAGAAAGUGUAAACGCUUCCCUGACUCUGUUUCUUAUCCCUCGUACUCUGACAUCGAUUCACAGGCACCAAAACAUCUCCCAUUUAAGCCUAGCUGUCCAUUCGGUAUUGACUUAGGUAGCGUGUGUCAGGCUGUGCGGUCAACCUCCAAUAUGAUGUUGCGAGAAAUUGACUUUUUCAUGCUAUUUCUUACUCAUGCUGUAGUUGCUGAGAUAUGCAGCUUUACAAACCGUCAGGGGUGGGAGCUUGUCCUAAACUGUCUGUCAUAUUCCAGCUACCAAGGAUUUCUUGGGUUGCUCAUUUACAUGGGGUUUUCAAUUCUCCCUGAUUCCCAUCGUCAUUGGGGAACCAAGUCACUUCAGGGCUCGUGGGCGAGGGGAUUUAUGUCACGUGACCGCUACAAGGCUCUUUUAGCAGCUCUACUUGUUGUAGACCCUACCACAGAGGAUAAUCAGGAUCGCCUUAGGAAGUUGUGUUAUCUUAUGGACCACCUCAAACCAAAAUGCCAGCAGCUCUUUCAGCCUAACCAAAAUCUCGCAAUAGAUGAACAUAUGGUCAAGUCUAAAGCUUGGUCAGGAUUUAAACAAUACAUGAAUGGCAAGCCUACUCGGUGGGGUUUUAAAUUAUGGGUAAUUGCAACAUCAGACUUGGGGUAUACUCUCGACUUUAAUGUUUACAUAGGUAGUCAUGAUGGGCGUGUCACUGACUUGGCCACCAAAGUAGUUGAAUCGUUACUGCAGCCAUUCAAAGACCAGGGCCACAAUGUUUGGUUUGACAACUUUUACACAUCCCCAGCUCUUAUGGUUAAGUUGUUAGAAAUGGGAACUAAUGCCUGUGGGACAUGCAGGGUGAAUCGUAAACUGUUUCCUGCAGAAUUUAAAGACAUCAAAAGAUGGGAACGCAAGACAGCUCGUGGGGAUAUGAGGUGGUGUAGGAUUGAGGGGAAUAUACUUGUAAUUCAGUGGAAGGACACAUGUGCAGUUACAUGCUUCUCCAAUUUCCACAAUGCGAAUGGCUCAACAGAAAUUACUAGGUUUGUAAAAAAUGAUGGUGACUGGACAAAGAAGUAGCCCUCCAGCCCACCGUCAUCAGCGAUUAUAACAAAAACAUGGGCGGUGUUGAUAGGUCAGACCAAAUGAUAAAAUCUUACGACAUCCUACAAAAAACUCAGAAGUGGUGGAAGACUCUUUUUUUCCACUUCAUAGACAUUGCCAUCAUCAAUAGUUUCAUAUUGUUUAAGGAAUGGCAACACAUUCAAGUGGCACCAGGGGAUGAGCAUAGACCGGUGAACUUCACCCAGAUAGAUUUCAGAAAAAAAACCUGGCUCGUCAGCUGGGAGGGAUUGAUAUUCACGCAAGUUUCCCUUUGCAUACACUAAAGCCUGUAGUCCCUCCUUCGUCAUCACUCCACACAGCCCAUGUCCCUAAAUUUGAAGAGUCUUCUAAGAGAUGUUGGCUAUGCUAUCGGAAAAGUAGGACUGAAUAUAAAACUAAAGUAGCUUGUUGCACGCCGGAAUGUAAUGGCAAAAGACUUUGCUUGGUUCGCGAUAGGAACUGUUUUCAGUCUUGGCACUCAGCUGAGUGUGACCAGUUUCGCGAUAAGAGGACUAGGUUGGGCUGUGUUUACUGGUGUUGUUGUCCUCCCCCUCCCCACUUUUCUCCACAGGUAUUGCAGUUGUUGAAUAUUUAUUAAUUUAUAUAUAUUCUGUUCCUGCACUCUUUAUUAAAAAUUUAUUUACUGUAGAUAGUUUGAAAGUUUGAUUUUGUAUGUUUUGCUGUGUAAUUCGUGUGUAAUUCUAAUGUUCAAAUUAAAUAAAGUGUGUGUUUUAUUGAACACAAAUUUUAUAUUUCAGUGUUUGUGUCCUUCAAUUUCAGAUGCAAUCUCAAUUUAUUAUUACAGAUGCUCAAAAGGAGUAUGUGAGGAGUGGUCAUGUGAAAUGUAUCUUAACAUUCUAAUUGUUUGUUUUAUUCCGUUUUUCCACUAAUCAUUAGACUGGUCAUAACUUUUAAACAAUAGAUUAUAUUUCUAAUCUGUCUGCUAUUAUACAUUGCCCACAAAAUUAUGUAUAUUUCAUACACUCUAAGUUUCCUUCUAGCUUGUAAUUUAAAUGGUUAAAAAUGCAGUUGUCUGAUGAAGUAUGGUGGCUGGAGAAGAUUUUUGUAACAAUUGCUGUGUGAAAUCUUAUUGAUAAAGAAUGAUUAGCCUUAAAUAAUCAUACAUAUAUUUAUAUCAUUUGAAAGCCCUAGUUCUUCUCUUCAAUAUGGUAUAUACAGUUCAGGUGUGUGAUGUUAUAUGAAUAUGAAUGUAAUAUGAAUACGGAUAUGAAUAUCAUAUUCUGGCACAGAAUGGAAUUUUCUGAAUUUUGGGCUCAGGCUUUAAAGGGUUAAAAGAGAAUGGCAUCUACGCCAUAUCUAUUCUAUUUGUUUCCCUGUCUUAACCUCGGGAUACAUAUCCUGAGGUUACCAGAGCCUGCCUGAUGUCCGACUCCGGUCCUUCCUGAUGUCCGACUCCCACUACUACGUGUUGCUGAGUGAUGAUGACUUUGUUUCCCUGUUUUAACCUCGGGAUACAUAUCCUGAGGUUACCAGAGCCUGCCAGAUCUAGUUCUGGUCCUGCCUGAUAUCCACUACUACGUGUUGCUGAGUGAUAAUGACUAACUGCAGCCUGAGCCAGCCAGAUAUCACUUAAGUCUACUACGAUGGACUUCACAAAGGAUGAACUGAUGCCAACACCAACCGUCAGACAUGGGAUACUUCACUGGACACUGCCUGAAACUUAGACUUAAGAUGGACUCCACCAGAAAUGUAUCUGCCACAAGCUUACAGACAAACUACAGUGCACCUUUACUGACCUCUACCAGUAUCACCUUGGUCAAAGGAUGGACACUCUACUCUUAUAAUGGAAUAAUACAAUAUCUUUGUGUUUAAACACUGGCCCCUAACACUUACUUAGUUUACUAAUUUUAAAUAUUGACUUGACUACAAAUAAAUAACUAAUAUUGGUAUUAUAUUCAUGAUGCUGAGCCAGAGGGGAACUGGCCCCCACAGUGAGCCUGGUUUCCCCCAAGGUUAUAUUUCUCCUUUAACCAACAUCUUAUGGAGUUUUGUGUUCCUUGCCACAGUGACCUUGAGCUUGCUCAUUGGGGUAUAAUAUAAAUAUAAUUAUUUUCUAUUAUUUAUUUUAAGGCACAAUUUACAAUUAUGACUUUUUUUUAUUUUUUAUUUUUUUAAACCGCAAUAUUAUGACUCAAAGACAUUACUAGAUCACAGCUUUUUCUGUUGAAGCAUAAUUUUCUGUAAAGCUGAUUUAAAAUGAUGUGUGUUGUGAAAAGCACUAUACAAAUAAAAAUGACAUUACUUGACUUAA